UGUCCGGGCGCGUGUCCGGGCGCGUGUCCGGGCUGUUGCUGUGUGUGUGUGUGUUUCUCAGGAGCGCAGAGGGAGGGUCGGUUUCGAUUUGUAUAUGCUGCUGGGUUUGGGCCGUCGGAUUCUGUCGUCCUCAGUCACGGGAGUACUCCCAAAAACGCAGAUCGCGCUCUCGAGUCCCGCUCGCCUCCGUUUCGUGACCCGUUUGACUGUCAAACCGGUGCUAUACCGUACCGUCACCGCCAGCACCAACAACCGAACCCAAGUCCCCAGCACCAUGCCCGAGAAGCGGCCCUUCGAACGGUUACCUACCGACGUCUCCCCCGUCAACUACGGGCUGUCUCUGAAACCCGACCUCGUCGACUUUACUUUCGAGGGCAAGCUGGAGGCUACUGUCGAGGUUAUGCAUACAACCAAUCAGAUUGUUAUGAACUGUGCUGAUAUUGACAUCAUAACAGCAUCGUUUGUACCUGAAGGAGGGGAAGAGAUAAACGCAACAGGCUUCAACUAUCAAAAUGAGGACGAAAAAGUGACCUUGUCGUUCCCCAGUGCUCUUCAGAAAGGUUCUGGUAUGCUAAAAAUAGAUUUUGUUGGAGAACUUAAUGAUAAAAUGAAAGGGUUUUACAGAAGUAAAUAUGCAAUUCCAUCAGGAGAAAUCCGCUAUGCUGCUGUCACACAGUUUGAGGCUACAGAUGCUCGGAGAGCCUUCCCUUGCUGGGAUGAGCCAGCUAUUAAAGCAACUUUUGACAUUGCUUUGAUUGUUCCAAAGGAUCGCACCGCUUUGUCAAACAUGAAUGUUAUUGAUCGAAAGCCAUGUCCAGAUGAUGAAAAUCUUUUAGAAGUAAAGUUCGCUAGAACUCCUGUCAUGUCCACGUACCUAGUAGCAUUUGUAGUUGGCGAAUAUGACUAUGUUGAAACCAAGUCAUCCGAUGGUGUAAUAGUUCGGGUGUACACACCAAUUGGAAAAGGAGAACAAGGAAGAUUUGCAUUGGAGGUUGCAGCUAAGACUUUACCUUUUUACAAAGACUAUUUCAACGUUCCAUACCCGCUACCUAAAAUUGAUCUCAUAGCUAUUGCUGACUUUGCAGCUGGUGCCAUGGAGAACUGGGGCCUUGUUACUUACAGAGAGACAGCCCUGCUUAUUGAUCCGAAGAACUCCUGUUCCUCUUCCCGGCAGUGGGUCGCUCUGGUGGUCGGGCACGAACUUGCUCAUCAGUGGUUCGGAAAUCUAGUCACAAUGGAAUGGUGGACUCACCUGUGGUUAAAUGAGGGUUUUGCCUCCUGGAUUGAGUACUUGUGUGUGGACCACUGCUUUCCCGAGUAUGACAUCUGGACUCAGUUUGUUUCGGCUGACUACACACGGGCACUUGAUCUAGAUGCUCUGGACAACAGCCACCCCAUUGAGGUCAAUGUUGGACACCCCUCGGAAGUUGAUGAAAUCUUUGACGCUAUAUCCUACAGUAAAGGAGCUUCAGUUAUCCGUAUGCUGCAUGACUACAUUGGAGAUGAGGACUUCAGGAAAGGAAUGAAUGCAUACCUAUUAAAGUUCCAAAAUAAAAAUGCAUCAACAGAGGAUUUGUGGGACUGUCUAGAACAAUGCAGUGGGAAGCCUAUAGCUGCUGUUAUGAAUUCGUGGACAAAACAAAUGGGAUUUCCAAUUAUUCUUGUGGAACAAGAGCAGCAAGGUGAUGACAGAGUGCUGAAAUUGUCCCAGAAGAAAUUCUGUGCCAGUGGACCGUACAGCGGAGAGGAGUGCUAUAACUGGAUGGUUCCUAUCAGCAUUUGCACCAGCGAAGACCCAACCUGUUUCCUAUCAGCAUUUGCACCAUCAAGACCCAACCCUGCAUCAAAAGAUGGAAUCUUUCAAAUGCAUUUUCUAUUUCAGAUAAACCCAGGAACUGUUGGCUUCUAUCGAAUUCAGUACAGCUCCUCCAUGUUGGAAAGCUUAAUUCCUGGAAUCAGAGAUCUCACUCUGCUACCUGUGGAUAGGCUAGGUCUGCAAAACGAUCUCUUCUCACUGGCUCGAGCAGGAAUGAUUAGCACAGUGGAAGUACUGAUGGUGAUGGAGGCUUUUGUAAAUGAGCCCAAUUACACCGUAUGGAGCGAUCUGAGCUGCAAUCUGGGCAUCCUCUCCACUUUACUCGCCAACACAGAUUACCAUGAAGACAUCCAGGAGUUCAUAAGAGAUCUCUUUACACCCAUUGGGCAGAAGCUGGGCUGGGACACUAAACCUGGAGAGGGGCACUUGGAUGCCUUGCUUAGGGGCUUGGUGCUUGGAAAGCUGGGAAAAGCGGGACACAAACCCACGCUGGAGGAAGCACGUCGCCGGUUCAGGGAGCACAUAGAUGGAAAACAAGUACUGCCCGCUGACCUGAGGAGUCCGGUCUAUUUAACAGUUUUGAAGCAUGGCGAUAGUACAACAUUGGACACCAUGCUUAAGCUUCACAAACAGGCUGACAUGCAGGAGGAGAGAAACCGGAUUGAGAGAGUACUCGGGGCUAUUGCAGCACCUGAUCUGAUUCAGAAAGUUCUGAGCUUUGCUCUUUCGGAGGAGGUGCGUCCUCAGGACACCGUCUCUGUGAUUGGGGGUGUCGCUGGCAGCAGUAAGCAGGGGAGAAAGGCAGCCUGGAAAUUUGUAAGGGAUAACUGGGAGGAACUGCACAACCGCUACCAGGGCGGCUUCCUCAUAUCCCGAUUAAUUAAGCUUUCAGUCGAUGGUUUUGCUGUUGAGAAGAUGGCUGCUGAAGUGAAGUCCUUCUUUGAAAGCCACCCUGCACCUGCUGCGGAGCGUACAGUACAGCAGUGCUGUGAGAACAUCCUGCUGAACGCAGCCUGGCUGAAGCGCGACUCGGAGCUGGUGCACGAGUAUCUACUGCAGCGCAAGACCUCUCGGGCAGCCAAGGCCUGACCCCACGGAGCCACAUUCUCACCAUCCCAAGAAGGGAAGGGGGAGAUUGCAACAAAGUCCUGAGUCAUUUCUCCAAAAAGAGCAGAAAACUGGUUGGACAAUGAAUGUAGUUAAUCCCAUCCUGCCCACACAAGAUUAUAUUCAUCAUUUAGGCAUAGCAGAUCAAAGUAUGCUUGCUAUAAAAGAAAGAGAAAAACUGUACAAAAAAACAAUUAAAGCAUACACAAUAUGAAAAGUGAAACAUUU